UUUGAUAGUCGGCAUUCUGUCAUGUUUUGGUCGACUAUACAAAUAGCCAAUGAAAGCAGAUUAAUGUGCACUGCAAAUUAUGUCAAGUACAUGUUCUCACGAAGUCGGCAAAUACCUCAAAUCUUUUUUCAGCAGUGCCACACAGCAAAGCACACAUAAUGCAAAAGGUUACAAACCCCAAGCGGAGCAAGGAGUCCACGGCACCUGUGCAGCCGAAACAGCCGACCAUUCAGUCUGCUUUCUCUUAAGACAAAAUGCUGAAAAGUCACAAAGACCUCACAGAUGCAGAAGCUUAUUGUAUUGCAAAAGACAUGCUACCAAUAAGCACUGUUAAAUUUCAUUUUUUAUGUCGUGAUAUAUAUCGAUUUCGACUGUUAUUAAAAAAUAUAUUGUGAUAAACAACACAAGAAGGUUGUAUCUCCUGGUAUAGUAAUAAAGAUGCCAUAAAUCAACACCCGAUCCUUAACCAUAAACAUGCCGUCCAAUGUGAUGCCCACUUCGAUGACAUUUCAGAAACCAGGCUUCUGGGAUUGGUGGAGUCAACAAAAGAACAUGCGUGAGUUUUUAUUACAUUGUGUGUUGUGUCUGCUGGGUCUUAGAACAGCAUGUUAGUAUUCUGAUUUUUUAAGGAGGCUGGUGAAAGCAUUAUGUAAUCCAGGCAGGGUGACAUCAUUGAAACCACUGGCCUUGUAAAUGCCCACAGAGUUGUAUUAACCUGCUUGCACAGGAACCAAAUGACAUGUGAUGGUUUUAUUUACUGUAGAGCACUAAGGCUUUCACUGCAGGUGUUUUGUUAUCAUUUCUGAGUGUACAUGGGCUCAGUCAUGAAGAAAAAACACCUUCAAAAUUAGAUAUAUUCAUUGAUUACAUCUCCUAUCUUUUCAUUUUCUGCAGAAUCUUUGUUUAUACCCAUCGGAGGAUGGCCAUUACUGCUGAUGAUGUGUCACUGGAGGAUAUUGUUCCCAUCUCUCUUGAGUUUUCUGUUGUAGAGGGUGAGCUGUUUUCUGUCAUUAAACUACAGUGCAGACUGACAGUUUAAAGCCCAGAUAUUAUCAUAUUCAUCAAGUUAAAUAUAGUAAACGCUGAAAAAAAGGAAAAAAGGCACAGUGGUAAUUUUCCUGCAGUGCUUUGACACUUUUCUCCUGCUGCUGUCUUUGUAGUUUCUUCACCAGAGGAGCUUGCCGUUGUGGGUGAGUUGUCCUCAUUCCUGUAAAGGUUCAGUCACACUAUGAUGUGAAACCAUAUUGAAAAGAAAAAUGCUCUCGAUCUAUUUCUAGGUGGUGACACCAGGGUGAGAGUGAGCUACCAGGAAGAGGAGUUAGAGCUCAGACUUCCUUUUGGGUCCCAUUCACGGCUCUUCCUCAGUGAGGUCAACAGGGCGUGGAGUGGUAGGUCGGCCCACAGAGAUGUGACACCCAGCUGUCACUUGCUUUUAUGUGGGAUUUUUGCAACCUUGCAGAAAAGCUUGAAAUUUUGUUUGAGGAGUAGCUAUUUUUAAAUACAUGUAUUGCAACUAAAUGACGUUUGAUAAAUCUAACACGGCAGAAACAACAGUACAAAAAUGAAAGUAGCCACGCCUUAAACACAUUUUUGCUGUUAUAUUUUUAUUAUUUAAAUCCAGUUUUGUGAGAAGAACUAGAAAUUUUCUGCUCCAACCCUUUGUUUAGAGGAAACCUGCUCAACCAGUCUCCAGUUGCCUCAAGGUUACGUUAUGUCUCAAACAACAAUACAACUUAAUUCUUAAAAUGCACGAUUCUUGAAAGGGAAAACGAUUUUUCUAAAAAGGACUGGAUCUUGUUAUUUUGUGAGACUCCUUGUAGUUGUAGUUCAAAAGUCAGAUCACUUUUGAAACGUACAAACCGGUGUUGUCACUUCAUUUGUCGAUCACUGGAUGUACAUGACACAUAGCUGCCAAAAAAGGGAGGGACAGAGAGGCUGGGUGGAGUCUGGAUGUGUUCUUAGAGUUUGUCUCCGUCACAGAAAGCAUUAGUGAAGAAACAACGUGAAAAAAGGCUAAGAAGGACGAGUGACCUGCUCCUCUGUGUUUUUCCUGGACUCUUUUUUUCCUUCAGCAUCCUGUUUUUCUGAAUGGAGUUGACCAUUGAUGGAUUUAUGGACCGUCUGCUCUAUUAGGAAUGUGUCAUAUUCAGUUCUGGCUUACGUUGUUUCACAUGGGAAACCCCACGUGAGCACGGAUGAAGACUGAUAUGUGGUUUAUAAUUUUUUUGUGGUAUGCUAAGAUGAGCCACAAAUGCUGUUAGCUGGUGAUGGAAAGAUUAAAAGAAAAGGCACCUGCUGUUGUUAAAAAGAAGAUUUUGAAAAAUGGCAAAGGUAAGCAGACAUGUGACAUCCAUUUAAAGCAGUGCAGCAUAGGAAGCGUAAUGCGUUUAAAGUAAUGCACUAUAAAGCUCAAAGGUGGGGUCACAAGCAGGAGGUAUUAAGGUAGAUACAGAAAAAAAGGAAGUCAAUGUGGGCGCUAAGAAAUGCUUUUCCCAUGAAGCAUAUUUUUACACUCAUUGACAAUGUCUGAGCUCAUUCCAAUUCUCUUGCUCUCUCUCCUUCUGUCUUUUUUUUAGAUGUUUGCAAGUCUCCCACCGAGCCACCCAAAUUUGAAUGGAUCAGCAAGUACCACAAAGCCACCAGAGGCCAGGGAGUUGUCAAACAAACUUUUGCUCCCCUUGGCAAUACAAUCACCAAACUCAACCAGCACCGCAAAACAGGUCUGUCAUCUUAUUUCUGUUUGCAGACAUACACAGCCGAGAGUCUUCUUGUGUAUAAACUUGGAAUAUAUUAACACAGUGCGUUACAAGAGAUGCUCUUUGUAAUCGCUUCAGUGUUUGCUCUUUUCUUGCAAAGAUAGCCUCUCGCAGAUAAACGUCUACUUCAAAGGGUUGCGCAAUAUAAUAGGGCGGUUUUGCAAGCACUACUUCCUUUGGUAGAAAUUGGCCCAACCUAUGCAUAAUUGUAACAAAUUAACUUACAAUGCUCAGGGAGAGUUUGGGCAGGACUGUCAUGGACAUAGAGGUAACAUUUAUCAUAGCUUGCUACAGUUUUCAUUGUGGCAGCCAGCCACAACAGUCAGUUAGCAAACUCAGCACUAGGUGGCAGAACUUGCAAUGAAACAGUCUUUGUUGACAUUGUUAAAGGUAUCAGACAUGGCAGUGUAUUUGGCUGCAAAGAAAGUGAGAAAAUAUUUUAUUACCUUGUUUUGUUAAACACCUGACUAGUUGCACUUAGAAUUCAAUAUGAAAAAAGCAUUGUCAGAAAAUGCUCACACAUCAAAAUCAACAUCCUAUCGUUGGAGUUAAAGCCUGUAUAGGCAGCAAGAUUGUGAAUGGAUUCAUGCUGUGAAAUAAACAAUUUUUAUGCAUUUUGCACUGUGAAGUAGGGCUGGGCAAUAUGAAAAAAAGGUAAUCACGAUAUAAUUUUUUCAUAUCAGCCGAUAUUGAUAUGUAUCACAAUAUAAAAAAAUGAAAUUUAACAGUGCUUAUUAGUAGCAUGUCUUUUGCAAUACAAUAAGCUUCUGCAUCUGUGAGGUCUUUGUGUCUCUUCGACGUUUUGUCGUAAGGCAUUGCGCUAGAGAAAGUGGACUGAAUGGUCAGCUGUUUUGGCUGCACAGGCGCCGUGGGCUUCUUGCUCCACUCGGGGUUUGUAACCUUUUGUAUUGCGUGUGCUCUGCCGCAUGGCUCUGCUUCAGGUGGUGAAAAGGACGAAGUAUUCCCCGACUUUGCGAGAACAUGUACUUGACAUAAUUUGCAGUGCACACUACUCUGCUUCAUAUCCAACCUCAAAAAAACAAAAUAUCUCCACACUGCCGAUGUUUUCAUGCCUGUGUCGUUGACGAUGUCAUCAUCUGUUGAGCCUUCACCUGCAUUUCUGCCGGGGGUGCGAAUUUUUUUUUGUAGGAUGGUAGAGAAAGGUCACUCUAAAGGUUAGGGUUAGGAUUAGGAUGAGGGUUAGGAGAUUCAGAAGUGCGAUAAUGUUCUGUUCGCUGUACAGAGCUGACAGCCCGCAUCUGGUAGGGGUAGGGGGGUAGCACUCAUUUUCUUUUUUUGUAGUUGCGUGUAGCUGCAGUCUGCUACUUCGCAGUUUUUUGCUACUUGGUUCUAAUUCAGCACAUGAUUGGUUCAGUGCGAAGCGGACCUGAAGCAACUCCCCCUUUCAUUGGCUAUUUGUAUAAUCUACCAAAACAUGGCAGAAUGCCGGCUCUCGAAAAGCAUAUUGACAUAUGUCAUGUUUUAUUUAUUCAUGUUUUAUAUCGAUAUCGAGGAAAAUUAAUUUUCGAUAUAAAUCGUUAUCGUUUUAUCGCCCAGCCCUACUGUGAAGUUUUUCUAAAAUGUUCACACCUGUUUUCCUAGAGAUUUCAUACAACAUUAUGUGUUUACAUGCCAUGUUAGAGUCAUGUGCAUGCAGUGUAAUGGUGCAAGCAUGGAAAAAAAACAAAAAACAAACUUCAAGUAUAAUGAAAAAUAUAAUAGCAUGCACCAUCCAAAAUUUCCUGACAUAUUUUUUUCCAUUGCAAAUACUUCCUGUUGUAGUUUAUGCACUGUUUUUUUUUCGAUUGAACACCAAUGUGAUGAAACAUUUUCUGCAUAGUACAGUUGAACCUCCUGCAGACAGACAGGCAGGCAGAGGAAGGUAAACUCCUCCUACUACAACGUUAGCAUGGGCAGGUCUGAAACUGGACUGGACAUUGCUCUUCUGCACAGAAUGCGUGGGAGCGGUGCAGGGAGAUGUCUAGGGUGAUGAGAGACUCUGGUAUGUAAAAUAUUCAUACAUUUGUUGGUUUUCGAGGUGGUGAUGGGGAGCGCCUUCGCUUUAGCCGCUGUCAUACACUCUCGCCUAAAAGUGUUAUUAGUUAGCUGCCGAGCUAAUGCUAGCAGGAUGUAGAUUCUCCUAUUUCAAAUUAGCUGAAUUUUGCUUUGGAGCCUGUUUUCGUCGAGGAAAAUGAUUUAAAUCAAAAACGUAUUUUCCAUAUCGUCGUAUGUUGUGUUAAAAACUAAAUAGAGACAAUGCAGGAGCACACAGACGGUGGAUACUGUUGUAACGGGCUAACGUCAGGCUAAACACUGCUUAAGACGGUAAUGGGCGCUGUGACAGAAAAUUACACACCUGCUGUGGUUGAUGUCUCAACAAGAGGGUUUUUUCUUUCGUCAUUUUUUCGUCAUUUAUGGUGUAAAUGCAUUUGUCUCUCUAUUGAGGCUUCAAUCUCUGUGCUUUCACUCUCACUCUCCCCUUGAACGUACUUAGCUUGUUAGCUUCAUAUCAGAUGUCUGUAAACUUUUCCUCCUCAGGCGAUAAAGAGGCUUAAGUGUGACCUCUGCUUUUUGGCAAUCCUGUGUAAUUAACCGCUGAACCACUCAGGUGUGUUAUUAAGGCAUAAAUCUUAAUGAAACCUCAACGCUAUAGUCAGGAAUAGAAUGAAUUAAAAAAAGGUUUAUAUGCGGUUUAUUGCAUACAGCUUGAUAUCAUGAUGGGAAGUUAUGCAAUGUUAACCUUUGUGCAGAAGCAGUGGCUGUUUUUUUUAUUUUUUUAUUCAACUUUAUUUUUCAGUAAAGCAUGGCUCGAGACAAUUAUUUCUUUACAACCAUUUUUUCCUUUUUCUCAAAAAUAAAGAGAGAGACAGGGAACAAAGGAACACAGAGGCAGUUCUUACUCCUUAUUUUGCAGGUGGUUAACAGAGGUCCACAUAGUCUGUUUAUUAAGCUUCAUGCUCCUUAAACUCUGUCCAUUCCCUCCAUUUUUGAUGAUAGGAAGACAUGUCCAGCCUCAAGUGGUAAGUUAGACUUUCCAUGGUGUAAAUUUCGCCCAUAAUGUCCGUCCACUGUCCCAGUAGCAGGCGAUCAGUUUUCAUCCAGUUCCCUGUAAUAGCCUUUUUGCAUGCAAUAACCAAGACCUUAAAUAGAUAAACAUUAGGGCCCGACCAAUAUGGAUUUUUUGGGGCCGAUGCUGAUACCGAUUAUUAGGGGGGUGGGGUCUGAUUACCGAUUAAUCGGCCGAUCGCUGUGCAAUCUACAGGAUAAGUCGAUAAAAUUCUCCGCAUUUUAUUUCUAAAAUUAUCGGCGAAAAUCGGCGAGUUUUGGCCGAUUACAGAUUAGUCUCAAAGGGGCUAAAAUUGGCCGGCUCGCCGAUAAAUCGGUCGUGCCCUAAUAAACAUCUCCCUGUUCUAUCACUUUCUCAGGUAUGGCUCCCAAAAACAUGAAUUUGGGAUCUCUUUGAAUAAUAUAGUGCAGGAUUUUUCCCAGUCUCGUUCACUUCGUUCCAGAGAGGUUGUAUCUUUAGCCAUGACCAGAAAAUAUGGGUAUGAGUGGCGUCUCCCUGGCCACACUGCCUCCAACAGUGUUGUUUUUUUGUCCAGAUAUUUACCAGUAAUAUGUGGUGUUAGAAAGAAGUGAGAUAAAUUCUUCCAUCCAAAAAGAUGCCAGUUUUGAGAAUAAGUAGAGGUUUGCUGUGUUUAGACUUCACCAAAGUCCCAUUUAGACUUCAUAUACAAAGAAUUCUGGCCGUUACUUUUCUGGAGACCUUUAUAUCGCUUUGUGACAAUCUUUGAGGGGGGUUUGUUUCAGGACUGCAACGACCUCCUUUAUCUCUGCUGAUAAUUCAUUUUUAAUUUCUUUAUUAAACAAAUCUCUCAACUGUAGAUAUCGAAACAUAUCCCUGUUCUGUAAUUUAAAUUCUUUUUAAUCGUUUCGAAUGAUUUAAAAGAUCGGCUUUCAGUUAGCAUACAAAGAGCAGUCAUUCCCCUUUCAUUCCACCUUGUAAAAGUAUUAUCGAGAGCCAGCAGUGUCUGUUUUAAUUCAUGGAGGGCUGAGAAAGAUCCGUUUGAACAACUCAGCAUGUAUGCUGACUCGAGAUCAACCACAGAUAGACAGAUAGAGAGACUUGUGAAACUGGAGAUAGUAAGAAUUGGUGCAACUUCCUCCGCUGUAGUUUCAGGGCAUGUAAGCUCAUUAGCUGUUUAAGAAAACCAAAGCAUGUGUUGGAAUGUAAAAUAUGCCUAGUAUUAAUAGUACACAGGACCCUCAUGUGCUCAGGGCCUCAUUCAGGUGCAAGUUACAGAAAACAGAUGCAGUAUUGGUCAGGUUUACCCAUUGAAAAAUGCAUGUUUAAGAUCAGGACAGAAGUAACAUGUUUCAUUGGUAUCUUGCAACACUAACAUUGUGGUAUAGUUGUCUUGAACAGGGUGCAAACAACUGUGAACUGCCACCUAUUUAUUAAAUGUCACCGCAAGAUGGUAUGUUUACUCUAUUGGUAAUCUGACACCCAUGGCGCACAUAUUUUUAUUCUGAGAAACAUCUACCAUCAGCAGACUUCAUAGACGCCUUUAUAAAGAUUGUAGGAAUUUUUUUAAAUCACUUUAUUGUGGCAAGAUAAUCAGUUUAAUUAGUCUUCUUUUUCUGUGUUACAUUGUAGUUCACAGAAAAAGCGAUUGAGAGAAGGUUGAGUUGUGACAUUCUUGAGUCAAUUUGAAAGUUGCGUGUGGGCUUCUCUCUGUGCCGUCAAAAGCGUUUCACAGUUUGCUGGUGGUUUCCUCGGUCAAACAAAGGACCAUCUUUUUUCUCUUUUUCCCCUCCCUCUUCAAGCAAACAUGACUACAGAUUUUAAAGUGAAAUCUUAACCGGUCCUGUGGACAUAGUUUUACCCUUUUUUAUUUUCUUGUUCCAAAUUUUACAAAAGGAAACAGACAGCAUGGGUACUUCUGACAUCUUCACCUUUUCUAAAAGGUUGCUUCACAAGCUGUGCAAAUAUUUUCUUUGUUGUUAGUUUGAGUUAUGAGAAUAUAUCCUUGUGAAACCAAGAGCCAGCAAACAUACUGAGUCAGAAAAAUCAUACCUUUGAUCUGUAAUAAAACUAGUGUUGGGUUUCGUUACGCUUUGUUGGAUUAAUCUGUCUGAUUCGAGCUGGGAUUAGGCUGGUGGAAUGAGAUUUUUCCCCAAUCCUUUUUACCUCACAGGGUUGUUUUCUUUCAUGUUCGAUUUGUUUUGGAAACUGUUGUAUAAUCUUAUUAGUACCAGUUUUGGUGAUAGCCAUUAUAGGCCUGUCUUUGCCAGUGUAUCUUCAAAAUAAUGCAUCAUGAGUUGUGAUUACCGUGUUGAAAUGAAAUUGAAAAGCAGAGGUCAUGUAAAUAAAUGGAUUGCAAACAGCGUGAAGUGUAAUGUCGUGUGAAAUAACUAAUCUGAUGGGAAAUAAAACUCAGUCUUGGUUAGUUGCACUCUUGAUAAUAUAACCUAACUCCUGCUGUAACUUUGAGGAGUUUAAUUUCCUGCUCAUAAAGCCUGGCUUUCCCUUUCACUGGAGCUCGCUGUGCUGCCUGCCAAGCUGCAGGAGACAGGGGCCAUGCUGUCUGAUACUUCACUCUCACCCAUUAAAUCCAGCUACUUAAGAUGCAAUAACUGUAACCAGCUGCAAAACACGGCCUUGGUUGAUUGACCUUAACAACUAAAGAUCAACUUUUAUCCCUGACUUGUGUGUGACAAUGCAUGUUUGGCAUUAUUACUCUUAAUUCAAUGCUGAUGAGGAUUUUGGAUUGAAUAGGUGAGGUGUAAAUAAGGACUGUACUGAGGUGCCAUCUCUGGAAGCAGGUUUUAACAAGCUCUAAUUGGAGGAUUGCCUAGCAGCAGGACAGUGUGACACGUAUUGUUAACUAGCAACCUUCAAAGAAGAUGUGCGUUUGUGGUUUGAAGUGCACUCGUGGUUUUCAGGUUUGCGCAAUGGUACUGCCUUUAACCUUUAACUAAAAUUUCAAUCUUCCUGUCCUCUCCCUCUUCUACCAAACAGAUAAAACAUCGGACAAAAAGGGAAGUGUGGAAAAGGAGAAAGCUUCCAACAGCGUCACACAGAAGUCCAAGGCAUCUUCCAGCGCAGAAAGGUAAGACCUUAAUUAUGAAUUCACAGGGGUCAUAGUGAUCUGUGCCAAACAUCCCCUGCUGUUCAGUACUCAUGUAAUCUACAGAUUCAAAAUUAUCUUCACGCCAAGGAAGGACAGCCCAGUCUUUUAAGAUUUUGUCCUUUUAUUCUUGCACAGACUCAGAUGUAGAAAUAGGUCAUUAAGUUUGAUAUUACUGCAUAAAUUCACUACUUUAAUGAAACAGCGCUUAGACUUUUCUCCUUUUGCUUUCACUGUGACUUUCUGAAAAUAUUCCCUGGGACAACUUUACCCCACAUUCUGUUCUGUUGCAUGGUGCCGUACUCGGAAAAAUGGAAGACGUAAUCCCUUGACAAACACUUGUGGUUCGUCGUCUUAUCUUCUUAAAACAGGAAGUGCAGGUGAACCCUGUACAAAGAUACACAUGUGUGCUGCGCUCACGUUUCUUCAUAUACAUUUUCAAAGCUGCUUAGACAAAUAGGGAUUUUUGCUUGAGGUGUCUGUUAGAAUACACACUGACAGAACUGUGAGACAUCCACGACCUUAACUUUUGCACCUCUACUCAAAACUGAAGCCUCUUCCUCAUCUUUGUCUUUGUGCGUCGCGGAGAAGAGCUUAACAACAAAACAAAAGUUUUGUUGACAUCUAGUAAAACUUAUCAUUGUUACUUUCUACAGUGCCCAAUGCAGAUACACUAACACAGUGUCCUCUGCAUGCAGUAAACGCAUAACUAGGGAAAUAAUGGCAUGUGCUCUCUCUAAAGCAAGGGUGGGCAAUUAAUUUUUACAUGGGGCCACAUGAGAAACCUGAACUGUGUUGGAGGGCCGGACCAACAAUAACUUCAACUUCAAAUCAGGGGGUUCACACAUACAGAAAAAAGAGCCCAAAUAAGCGCACCCGCAACUCACAGAUUCAAGCAUGUUUCAGUGCUAACCAACUGGCUAAAGUGGUUUUGCACAACGGAAACACUCAGCAAAGGGCUGCAGCCACACGCCAGGUCUUUCUUUGGGGAGGGGGAGCAAGCAACACACAGCCGUGACAGGCAAAACAGACACAUAGCAGGGGCAUAGCUGGCAUGUUGGUAUCUCUGCAUACCAGCAGCACUAGUGUUGUCAGAGUGUUUAUUUCUUUUCUGCCGCCAGACCGAUUAUGACCCAGUUGUACUCCUGACUGACACUUGACCAUGGAGACAUGUUUGUUUAACAAACAGGACAAUGAGUCUUAAAUAUUUUAAUGUUUAAAUCUUUUGUUGUAGCAAAUCCACUUUUUGUCAAAAAACUUUUCUGGUCUGUCUUUGGUGAGUCUGUCUUCCUGUCGGCGUGAAGCGCAGUAGCCAACAGUAUAUCUACAGUAUAGAAGUAUUUUUUAGAACUUCAUAAAACAAAAUUAAAAAUCGGCAGAUUAAUCGGUAAUAGGAUUUUUUCCCCCUAAUAAUCUUUAUCGGCCCCAAAAAAUCCAUGUCAGUCUGGCCCUAAUUAUCACCUUGAUUUCACUUGAGUAAGAAGUAGCGCUGGAGAUAACACUUGGAAAAACCAUGAAUGGGGUGCCCCCUGUGGACAAAGUGACACCUCCUACCUCUUAUCUUAUUAAUGUGAAAGUAGUGUUUUCAUACAAGAAUCUCAGCUUGUUGCCUUUCUACAUUGAAGUGUAUCUCUCAUCAUUAGUAGUUGCCAUGGUAAAAGUUAUAAAAGCUGUUUCUUCAGUGUGCCAACAGUCAUCUGGUAUGACACCUACUCCCUCACAGCAGUUUCAAGCAUUAAAAUGAGGACAGAGGAAAUAACAGCCUCGUUGCUGAUGGUUGUUAAGAGGCGUUCGUCUCAGUUUUAGUCUAUUUUCUUAACCAAAUGAAAACUCCUCACAGGCCUUGAACCAGUUUUCUAACACAUACUAGGUUCACGUCGGGAAGCAGCAAAGUGAUGGGUGUUAAUUUGAAAUGCAUAUUUGUUCAGUUGUUUGACCUAGAAGCCAUCGCCGCCUCUCUUGAAAUGCAGCCUAUACCCUGAGAUGGAGUUACAACUUAUUCUGGGAAGAUUACAUUCUCCGGGCGUAUUACAUUUCUUUCUCCCCUCUCAGUCUCAUUCCAUAUCGACGGCAUGGAAAUGGAGCUUCCCCGCUCCGCCAGGGCUUCUGUUGUCACUGCGGUGAUCUACUACUGUACAUUAGGCUGUUGGUGUGGAGCCAAGCGAAAUGUCUCUGUGAUGCCGUAACUUCAUUAUUAGCUUUUAGCUGCUUUAUGGCUCGAUGCAGUAAGGUCUGAGCGCCGCAAAUGGGUAUUGGCAACCUUAUAUGAAUGCAAAAAUAGACGAUUCUGCCCAGCGCACGCUUCUUCUUCUUCUUUCUGAAUUCACACCAGCAUGACAAAAUGACCCUGUUGCUAUCUUGGUCUGUUUCCACUCAUCAACACUGAACUGUUAUAUCUCAUCUCACCCCCACCCCCACCCUCCACGGUGCGCAGUUCAGGCAACUUCAGUCGAGAGGACCGGGAUGACCUGGUGCGCUCCUCCAGCCACACCCCGUCUAACAAAGCGCAGAUACUGGCCAUGCCGCAGUUCGGCCUGCGAGACAACCUCAUCAAGUGUGAGCUGCUGAAGAAUGAGGACCUCUACACUUUCCUGGAGGAUUUCAGGUAUCUAAUCCUUAGAUGAUGUCUGUUUUAUGGUUGUGUGUAGCAGGUUGUCACAGGUAUCUAGAUAUAGAAAUUGGUGAUACUGAUAAAUCCAUCAAAAACCAGUUGUUAUUGUUUUUAAUCAUAAGUUUAUGACUCUGGGUGACGCUUCAGGUGCUUUCAUUUCCUGUCAAAGUUGCUAGAUGUGAAGUUCUUGGCUGUUUAUUUUGUUUAUUUUAAGACAAAAUGAAAAAGUGACACAUUGAAUCUGACUUUAUGUAUCCCAAGGGGGAAAUUCAGGACAUUGAAAAAUAAGAAAUUGCAUUAUUUAACCUAAAUCUCUUUCACCUAAACCCAUUUUAGCCUCAUUAUAGCUUUUGAGCAAUUUAUUAGCCAACUCUUUUUUCCAAGAAAACUCAUGAGCUUUGCGUUUAGAGGGCGAUUCAGAAUAUUUCCCACACAGUUUUGUCUCCGCGGGGCACUAAAGGACAUACAACAGCGUCAUUAACUUUUUUUUAGAAAGGCAUUUUGUGCAGAAGAAGUGUGCGAGCCCACAAUGUUACUGCGGUCCGUUUGGUUCGUAGAAGUGUUAUGUAAAAAGAAUGAGUCAACAUCUGUGGGUUUGUAUUUCUGUGUGCUUAGCUCUUUGCUAAAUUAGACACCAACGUCUCAGACUUUGUCAAACUUGCUGUAGCAUCAUGCCGUGUGCCUCAGCUCCUCAGCUCAAUAAUUGAUAAAGAAAAAUCGUUAUUUUUACGUAAUGACAAUGACCUAGAAAAUUCCUGUUAAGGGUUUCUAUUGCAGAGGUUUGAAACAUCCAAAUUUUGGAGUCAGCAGCAUGAACCACACUGCCACCUGCUGGUUGAUCUCUGCAUUGAUUAUUCAACAUCUAACUGACCCUUCUUCACUUUAUUUGUUACUUGAAGCAUUCUGGGAAGGCUUUUGUCCCAGCAGGACUCCAAAGGGGGGAAAAGUAUCAAUUUUUUAAAAUGUUAUUUACAGUCUUGUAUAUGUGAAUAAAUGUAGAGUGUAGGUCAGAAUGACUGUUUUAGGGCUUGAGAAGUUGCAACAUGUUAUAGUCGUGCCCUAUGUUAGCAUUUCCUGCAUUCAUUUUAUCCAGGGGUGGAAAAUAACCAGUUAGAUUUACAUUCACAUUUGUGUACUUUCACUGCUUUUAGUAGUUUUUCAAACCAGCCAUUUUAUGUACUUAUUAUCUGUCUCUGCUACAUUCCUAGAUUGAGUUUACUUUCAGUUAAAGUGAGUGGUAAAAACCUACAAGCUUUCUAUCAACUGUUUGACAGCCAUCUGGAUAGAAAAUCUUACCAAGUAAAUUCAUCUUAAUUGUAGUCAAAUUGAAUUUUACUUAACAUAAUCUUUGUUGACAAGGCAGGCCUGAUAUAAAUCUUAUGAAUAAUAUUUCAGGCCAACAUUUUCUUAAUAAGUUUCAUUGAGGAAAAAAAAAAUCAUACUCCAUUUGCUGCCAGUUCUGCUCAUUAAAACUAAUUAAUUUUGUUUUUUGGGAUGUAAUAUGAAUCUUAUUUGCACAGCCAAUGACCUGAGUGUUCCAGGACUGCUACAAUGAGUAUUGCUAACAACAGAUGCAGCUAAAUCAUCCAUUUACUGAACGCUAGAUGGGUAUAAAGUCUGUACUUUGAGCAUAUUUUAAAUAAAGUACUUUUUACUGUGACUUGAGCAGACUCACAGACAGGUAUUUUUACUAAAGAAAAUAUGUCAUCAAAGUUUUUUACUGAGGUGUAGUAUUCCUUUUUUUGUACCUUGCAGUGAAUGCCAAGAGUGUGCUUAGUUUGCGUGCUGAACUGCAUAUUUCAAUGAAAAAAGAAAAAAGCUUGAGAAAGCAGCAGCAGGCCCAGAUUUUGUUUUAAGACAGCUUCAGCAUCUUUCAAGUAAGCAGGCAGGACUGUCAGGAAAGCAAGUCAGCACUAAGUGAAGAGCUCCUGUGCAGCAGCAGGAGCAGAGCAGCUGCAGCGUGAAGGUCAGAGAAAAAGGGUUAUUGCUAAUUUCUUAUCUAAGACUCCUGAAAACAUUUUAUGAUCCUUAGCAUUUCCCACAGCUGUGGUUCCCCUCAGUAAGGGGCUUCAGUUCCAGUGGGAUUUCUCAGUGUUUUAACAAACAACUGACUGUUUUUAUUUCUUUGCAAUCCUUUUGCUCUUAUCGUAGAAGAGUCAGGUUUCACAAGAGAGCCUUAAAAAUAGUAACAACCUGUUCAACGAAACUGUGAGUCUGUAUUCCUCUUGUGUGCCUACUCCUCAUCUUCCUUGUUCUCUUUCAGCAUUUUUCUUGGCACAUAUAACGUGAAUGGGCAGUCACCAAAGGAAAGCCUCCAUCCAUGGCUGAGCUGCACUCUCAAGCCCCCUGAUAUCUACUGUGUGGGGUAAGUCACACUCACCUUGUUGUAGAUUAAGUACUCUUACCAUUCUCUGUCUAAUCCCAUCACGCUGGAAAACAUAUUCUGCUCAAACCCUACAUCAUGUUUUCAACACUGAUCCCGUUUUAAGCAGGAGAACAAUCCCACCCACAGAUCGAGCUCUGAAAUGUAGGCAGGAUUGGAGAAUACACAGUUUGCUCGCUCUGGAAGAGGAGUGGAAAAGUUUUUACAAUACCGUGAAAGUUCUGAGUAAAGUUUGACCGUAUGAGUAAAACUCUCGAGUAAAUUUCCUUUUUUUUUUUUGUGUGCUUCCUCGCAGUUUUCAGGAGCUGGACCUCAGCAAAGAGGCUUUCUUCUUCAGUGACACUCCAAAAGAGGUGGAGUGGAUGAAGGCUGUGACUGAAGCCCUACAUCCAGAAGCCAAGUAUGCCUUAGUAAGGAACUCUUUUUUUAUAACCUUUUUACAAUGUUUAAUAAUAGUUUUUUUACCACUGUUUGGUAUUCGGCUGUGUCACCACAAGGCUCAAAAUGACAUGCCCACUUCCUGUUAUGAGCGAAUAAUCAGAAAUGUUCAGCUUUUGUUUAGCAUGUACCUUUUUCUCAGGUAUGAACCCUCAAACCUGCUUUAGAAAUAUAUAAAAUCUCAUGAAACCUAAAAAUUAUGAAAGCAAAAAUGCAAAAACCUGUCAUCUAGUGUUUGGACUACCACCAUGAUUUAUGGUUGAACCACGUUUAUUAUGAUCCACUAUCGCAAACAUACAUAUAAACAUAUAUUAAUGUAUCAACAACUCCUGUUACAUAGUUAAGUGAAGAAAUCUUUGAUAUUUGUUGGGUAAUUGUCCACACAUGACUCUCACAUCAUAAUCCCCUGAAACUGACAUGAUUUAUUUUCAUGUCUUUCUCUUCUCCAUCCCUCAUUUGUUUCAUUCACUUCCUUAUUACAGAUUGCUGACUCUAGCUCUGUAGCUUCUUCUUUUCAAGGCUGAGCUGUUUUCUUUAAGUCUUUCAAGAGAUUAGUAGAUGUCUAUAAUUCGAGGAGUCGGUGAAGUUACAUCAAAAAAAAAAAUUUCGUCUGCUGUCGCUGCUGACUAAAGCAUACUUGUCUGAUCCGUAACUGACACUGUAUAGCUGAAGUUUUAUCCCCGAAUUUAAAUGUAAGUUCAUGUAGGAUUGACAGAAAAGCUUGUCAGACUGUUUUGCCUCCCACCCAAGCACAGCAGCUUCUUAUUCUGGCAAAUUUUUCUGCCUCUGUUUUCCUGAAGAUAAGACUGGCUGGCAUGUCUUCAACUUUGAAGAUUUUGUUAUUCAUACUGAAGAGUUUGUGGUGGCGCAGCUGUUAAAGUGCUUCAUACUGCUGUGCGGUUGCUCUUAACACCUUUGCCUUCACAACCAACAAAAUAUCUUGUGAAAUUUUAUGUUCCUUUACUUUGCGAGUUGUGUCUUUUCCCUUCUCUGUUUGAAAAUGCAUUUUUUAAUUGCAGGUAAAGUUGGUGCGUCUGGUGGGCAUUAUGUUGAUCUUCUACGUGAAGAAGGAGCACGCUGAGUUCAUCUCUGAUGUUGAGGCUGAGACUGUAGGCACAGGCAUCAUGGGAAGAAUGGUAAGGACCAAUCAUACAUGCACAGGCCCUGUUCAUGUUUAUGUAGAUUAACUGUACAUGUUAUUGUAUAAGCAGCACAGAGCUGUUUGAAUUAGAGUUGAGCCAUGAGUUUAUUUUGUACGAACACGGUGUUCGUUUCUAGCUGCGUCUUUGUACACAGAGCAGUGCAGAGUAACAGCGUGACUUAAAGUAAACACACUCUGCUGUCAUUGGCAUGAUCGAGGGGAUCUCAAAGAAAGUCAGCCAGUGGUGAUGAACAGCUGCAUCUUUGAUCGGCUUAAACUCAGAGAAUAAACAAUCAGCACCGGGGUUCAAAACAAGUUGCCUCUUGUGCGUCCACAGGGCAGGUACACAGUGACACCCAUCCACGUCUUUUUCCUCUUUCUGCUCACACACACUCUUUGAAACAUUUUGACUGCUUCCCGCUCGGUGAAAUGUUUUUAAAAUGCCCUCUAUGCAUCCGGUUCAAAAAAUGCCUUUUUUCAUUUUUACACGUUUUUUAGAAUUCUUCUUUUGCUGUUUUUUAUGGCAUUUUAUUUUUUUAUCACUUCUUCAACCUGAACAAGAGCUAAUGAACCAAUGUGAUCUGUAACUGACCACAUCAGUGUUUUAUUACUAAAACAAACUCACAAAUCAAAACAAUCCCAGCUCAAACAGUGACAGUGUCGGUUCAGUCAUGAAUAGAGGUUUAAAAAAAAAUCCUCAAAGGUUUUGUUGUAAGGAUGAAAAUACAAAUGCUUGACUUGUUCUUCCUUUGAAUAGCUCUUCACUUAGGAGCCCAUUCAUCCGUCAAGCACUACCUCCAGCAGCUUCAACUUUAUUCCUUACGUCCUGUAGCAGAAUAAGAUAUUCUCGUCUCGUUCACGGCCCUGCUUACUUAGCAGUCCCUGCAGCACAGAGCAGAUGGCUGGCCGGUGACCAGUGGGGGCCUUUGUAAGGUUGCUCCAUCCUUUCCUGCACUAAGCAGAGACUGGUUUAAGAAAUGCACGAACAACCCUCUUAAAUAUUCAGAGUAUGGAAAAGCUUGUAUAAUGUUGGAUUACUGUCAAACAAGAGCAAAUGUUUCUUGUCGUUGUGCUGCGUACAUAAUUCCGUCUCCCUCUCUCUUUCCACCACCCAUUGAUUCACAGGGGAACAAAGGCGCCGUGGCUGUCCGUUUCCGCUUCCACAACUCCGAUAUCUGCGUGGUCAACUCUCACCUUGCUGCUCACAUCGAAGAAUAUGAGAGACGUAAUCAGGACUACAGGGACAUUUGCAGUCGUCUCCAGUUUCGCCAGCUGGACCCGAACCAGCCUCCGCUCACCAUCAUGAAGCACGAGUACGUGAUGAGUCCAAAACUCUUAUUUAAUUAGCAAAUCAGAGGCAGGUUGAGAAUUUGUUGGAGUCCUGGAAAAAUUGGAUCAUAAAACCACUUUUGCUGUUAUGCUUGUUUAAAACCCAGAUUUGUUUGGAUUUAUGUUGAGGAUUAGCAUGCUCAGUUAAAAUAUAUAGUUAAUUAUGAUCAUAUUUUCACUGUGAUAGUAUGUAAUCAUGUUCACAUCCUCUCUUUAUUUCUCUGCGAUUUCCUUCAGUGUGAUUUUGUGGAUCGGGGACCUCAACUACAGGAUCAGUGAUCUUGAGGUUGACUAUGUGAAGGAUCUCAUCAGCAAGAAGGAGUUUGAAACACUGCACAAUUAUGAUCAGGUAAUACCAGCUGCCUCCUUUUUCCCCACUAUUUAAAUAGUCCAAUUUAUGAGUGAUGCUUACCUGCUCUGUAUUGUCUGCAGCUAAAGCGGCAGAUUGAUGAGGAGGCCGUGUUUGUUGGCUUUGUGGAGGGAGAGAUUGAAUUUCAACCCACCUACAAGUAUGAUACGGGCUCGGACAUGUGGGACACGAGGUAACUUUAUCAUAUGACAGCCUUAUUGUGACUUGUGGAACAUUUUGAGUUCAAAGAUUCAUCUUUUUCCUGAUCACAGAAACACUGAUGUUGGACUUUUCUCAUUAAGCUGCUGAUAAGAUAAUUUUCUUACAAAGGUAGCGUCAUAGGUUUUCCUGAAUCAUCAUCAGAUAUAGUUUGAAAAGUGUCAUUUUCCCCUCUUUUGAUUACUCCAAUUAAAAAAAUGAUAUAAAAACAUUCAGGAAAUUAAUUUGAGUUUUUCUGUUUUUAGUGAGAAGUGUCGAGUUCCUGCUUGGUGCGACCGUAUCCUGUGGAGAGGGAAGAACAUAAAGCAGCAGCAUUAUCAGAGUCACAUGGCUCUGAAGACCAGUGACCAUAAACCAGUCAGUUCGGUGCUGGUUACAGGGGUAAAUAAUGCUGUUUUCUACUCACAUCAAUAAUAUCAUUUAUUUGGUUUUCUUUAUGUAUGAACUAUCAAUAUAAUUGGUGAAAACAAGUUGAAAUUGAGCUUGAUCAGCACAUUAGCAGAGAUAAUCACUUACCUCUUGAGGUGUUAUUUAAUUAUCCAGCACUGAUGUCUAUGCUGCAUUGGCAUGUAUUUUGUCUCUUACAGAUUAAGAGGGUAAAUCCUGAUGACUAUAAGAAGACCUUUGAAGAAAUUGUUCGCAACAUAGACAAAAUGGAGAACGAGUGUAUUCCAUCUGUGACCUUGUCCAAGCAAGAGGUAAAGUUUCCUUUCAGGUUCAGUCUUCUUGCUGCAAAACAGAAGCUUAUGGCGCUCUAAGUAUCUCUCAUAUAUUGUUCUUGUGAUAAAUGCAGUAAGUAAAUCACCACUAAUGAAGCUCUAUUGAUCUUGGGCUUUACGUCUGAUGUGGUUUUUUGAAAGAUUUAUUCAGCCUGAUGAAACCUCCCCUCUUCUUUCAGCUUCACUUUAAGGAUGUGAAGUUCAUGCAGCACCAGGCAGAGACACUGAGCCUCUUCAAUGAUGGGCAGGUCCCAUGCCAGUUUGAGUUUAUCCAGAAGCCGAACGAGCACACGUACUGCAAGCCUUGGCUCACAGCCAACCCCCCAAAAGGCUUUAUUGCUCAGGGUGAGUAACACAAACAGUCAGUCUUUCGUCGAGGAAUGACAGAUUAAGUGUAGAGACGUUCCAUAAGCUAAGAAGCUGGAUCGUUGUGGCUUUGAUUUCAAAUGGGAGGAGGAAAUUUCAGUGCAGAUUAGAGAUGUCUCAGCUUCUAAAACCCUCAUACAGUCAAUAGUGACUCCAGCAUAUAUAAACAACCUACUUAGACUGGAGAAAUCACCCCUUGCUCUGUGUGUGCAUCUCUCCAAACAUCCAGGUGGAACUGUGGAGAUCGAGCUCGAAGUUUUCGUGAACCGCUUAACAGCUCCUGAUCUCAACUCUGGAAAGGAGCAGAUCGAAGACAUCCUGGUGCUUCAUUUGGAGCGUGGCAAAGACUACUUCAUCUCCGUGGCAGGAAACUACAUGCCCAGCUGCUUCGGCACGUCCAUCCGCUCGUUGUGUCAGCUGAGGGAGCCUAUCCAGGAUAUGCCGCAAGAAACUCUCCGUGAACUGGUGAGUGUAUUAUUGUGUGGAACCUUGAAAUGCCUCCUUUCUACUUAAGAUUGUCUCAGCAGAAGAGAGUUGGUUUUUUUUUUUAAGUCUCUGCUCUUGUUUUCUACAGCAGGCAGAGAUAUCUGGAGAUGAGAAUGCAGCCAAAACCGAAAAGCCUCUAGACAUUCCUAAAGAACUGUGGAUGAUGGUGGAUCACUUGUUCCGUAAUGCAAUCAAACAGGUCAGAGAUUUUGAUGCUGGAACUUUUUGUUUUUGUUAUCAUUUAAAACCCUUGAAUCUUUUUUAAGCCACAAAUAAAUAAAAAGCUGCUGCACCCUGCAUAAAAUACACAGAGAAAGGUAUUCAGAUUAAAAAACAAAUACAUGGAUAUGACUCAGCAGCUAUCACUGCCAGCCAAAUAUCUCUGAGGAGCUUUGUUGGGAUUUAACCACCUUUCAGGUAAUUUUAACACAGGAUUGUGUAUUUUAUGUUAAUUUAGCCCACUGCAGCUCAACUGUGGCUGAAACCAUAAGAGCAUUUUCUUUUGGUCAAUUAUUAAAUUUUACUCCUUGGCCCAAUAAAUGUGCUUUUGAGAACAAACAAGAUUUAUUUUCCUUUAAGUGGGUUUAAACUUGUCAUGAAGUAGAUGGAAAUGAAAACUUGUGCUGUUCAAACAAGAGUAUCAGAAAGAAGUUUGACCAGAUCUAUGUAGUUGCACAUUUUUCACAGCAGUUUUUUACAGUGAGGAUUUGAUGGUUACAAAAAAAGAAGGAUAAGAUUUGUUGGAAGAAGACAUGAGACAUGAUGAGGUGUACUGCUUCGUCCACAGGUGUAUCAAAAAAGCAACACAAAGUUUUUAAAAAAUCCUCACUGUUUUUUAUUGUCUUCUCUCCUCCAUUUGCAGGAAGACAUAUUUCAGCAACCUGGGCUCCGGAGUGAAUUUGCAGAAAUAAGAGAUUGUCUCGACACUGGCAUGCCCGAUUCUCUCCGUAUCCUUGAUUACGUCUGCAGAACAUCUGUUACACUGCUCAGCUGACGUAGAUAUAAACACAGAUGUAGAUGUUCACACUGACACAUUAAAACUGUUGGUGUAGUAUUUCUUUUCUUGUGUAACAUACAUUACAUUAUUUACUGUAUCCAUGUGUAUAAUGAAUUAUUUACCCAGACCAAUGCACUGAAUGUAUGUAAAAGGGUAUUAUUAAACCCAUUACCUAUGUAACAUGUAGAUUCUGCUGAACGUUAUACCCUUGACUCUUGGUUGACCUGCAGCGGGCAGUAACCACUCAGUGGCAGAGGCCUUGCUUCUCUUUCUCGAUGCCCUACCCGAGCCAGUGGUUUCCUUUUCCCUUUACCAGCAGUGCCUUGACAGCUGUUCCAGUGCCAGUAUGUGUGAGAAAGUGAGUGAGAGAUGCCCCGUGGUUUAUAUCUGAUCAAUUUGGUCUUUUUUUCCCAGAGUGUAAAGAUUAUAAAAUGAUGGUAAUCUUUUUUUGUCUUCAGGUUAUAUCCAUGCUACCUCAGUGCCAUCAAAAUGUGUUCAACUAUCUAGCUGCCUUCCUUCGUGAACUGUUGAAGAAUUCUGCAAGCAAUCGGUUAGACAUCAACAUCUUGGGUAAGAAAGAGGGAAAUUGUACUUUGUGUGUGGGUUUUUUAGGCUUUGUGCUUGAGUCAGCAUGUUGUGUAAGUGGAAUGAAACUAAUAAAGAGAAACCAAUGAAUAAAGACAUGAAAAAUAAUGAAAAUCCUGUUUUCUAACAUAACAAUAUCUCAUUUAACUUUGACCUUUUUUUGUCCAAACAUGCCAAGGAGAACGUAGGAGCCAAAAUAUAUUUGUUGAGUUUGAUUUCUAAUAGGUACGUCACGUGCAGGGAUCGUCACUGAGGGGUGUGGUUUUGGGAUGUUUGGCGGGUUAUUAAAAUCUCACUGGUGUAGUCAGACAAUGGGUUUGGCAAGCUCUGCUAGUUUUCUGUUGACCAUUUUUUCAUCUUUUUCACCGUUUCAUUCAUCCUGUUUUUACCUCAUUUCAGUAUAUCACCUUUUCAUUUGAAGGCAAAGUUUUCAGAGCUGGAUCAGCGUGUUUUUCUUUGCGUUUUUGAACAAUAAAUUAUUUUUUAACACUCAGAUGCAAAUGACUAGGGCCCGACCGAUAUGGAUUUUUUGGGGCAGAUGCCGAUACCGAUUAUUGGGGGAGGGGGAUCUGAUUACCGAUCAAUUGGCCGAUUUUUUAUUUUUUUUAUUAAGUUAUAAAAAAUAUAUGUUUACUGUAGAUAUCUAGACAGGCAGACAUGCAGCUGCCUCAGUAAGAGAAGUAGCUCGAUCAUGUAAUGUGUACUGUUGUUUAUUCUACCGUUACUGGCACGGCUAACAGUGUAGCAAGGCUAAUAGCAGAUGGCUAACUCUAACUUUAGCUACAUGGUGCUUCACCAUCAACUCGGCGUGACCGAGACCAGUACAGCGGGGAACAUCAUGAAGUGGGUUGAACUGAAACUUGUUGACUCAUUGUGUAUUUCAAAAAAUAGUUUAUUUACCGUUGAGGCGGACCACUCUCCUCCGUGUGUCCCUGAGCUGCCUGAGUCUCAAACGGGCUCGGUCGGGCCCUACAAGCGACCCUAAACCCCAGUGGCCUUUUUUUGUUGAAGGAAAGCAGUUGCUACAGAGAAAAUCCUGCUCAGAGAAGUAGCCCUUUUUGUCAUGCUAUUAAUUUAAUAAAUCCUUUUUUCUUUUCUGAACAGCCACCAUCUUUGCCUCCCUGCUUCUGAGGUCACCAACAAAGCAGGAUCUUGCAGAAAAGAGGAAGACUCAGGAGUUCUUUCAGCACUUCCUGACCCCGGGCUCCUCCUAGAUGGAGGACUUCUCCCUCUUUUUCACGCUGAAGCUGAACACUAAAAAAACUGUACAGUCCAGUAUUUGAAAUAAACUGUUUAUGAUUUCUUAUAUUCUUAGAUGGUUCUUUGUGUAGAUGUAAAGUAUAAUUAUCGUAAGGGACAAUUCUUAAAUGAUAUUAGUUUGUUUCAGAGAAAUGUUUGUAAUGAGAUUAUUGUAUAUCAUUGAGCAUCUGUAGAGUCCUAACAAGUUUUUAAUGUAUGUAUAUUUUAUUUAAAAAAGAUAAUUUGUACAUUAAUGUUUCUGAUCACAACAGAAUUACGUUUUUAUACAUAAAACUUGAAGGAAAAAUACUGCUUUUGUGUCUUAUUUUACGUGCAUUUUGGUGAAAAAUGAAGAAAAUAAAUCCGUUUCAGUUUUCA